CUCCUCACCCUCCUCACCCUUGUACCCUGGUCCCCAGUCUUACUCCAACCCUUACUUUUUCCCUCACUUCCACUCUCAUCCCAACUCUAACUUUAACUCUCACCCUCAAUCCUAUCCCAGAUCUAAUCCCCAUCUUCAUUCCAAUCCCAGCUCUAAUCCCCAUCUUCAUUCCAAGUACAGCCUCUUCCCCAAACCCAACCCUGCCUACAGCCACAACCCCAACCCCAGCCCCAACCCUAACCCCAACCCUACCUACAGCCCCAACCCUAACCCUACCUACAGCCCCUACCCUAACCCUAAUCCUACCUACAGCUCCAAGCCUAACCCCAACCCCACCUACAGCCCCAAACCUAACCCCACCUAUAGCCCAAACCCUGUCUCCAACCCUAACCCUAACCCCAACCCCAACCCUAACCCUAACCCCAAACCCAACCCUAACCCUACCUAUAGCCCAAACCCUAUCCCCAACCCUAACUCCAACCCCAACCCCACCUACAGCCCCAACCCUAACCCUACCUAUAGCCCAAACCCUAUCCCCAACCCUAACCCCAAACCCAACCCCAAACCCAACCCUAACCCUAACCCCAAACCCAACCCGACCUACACCCCCAACCCUACCUGCAGCCCCAACCAUAACCCCAAACCUACCUACAGCCCAAACCUCAACCCUAACCCUACCUACAGCCCAAAUCCUAACACCACUUACAGCCCCAAUUCUAACCCUACCUACAGCUCCCACCCUAACCAUAGUCCCUACUCUUAUCCUCACCUCAGCCCUCAAUCCAGCCCCAUACCCCAUCCUAACCAGCCCAGCCCAAGCCCUUCCUAUAUUACCUACCCUAACCCUAGCCCUAGAUGCAGCCCUCUCUACCUCUCUCCCCCUCUCCUCCUGCAUGGGGGGUGGGAGUCAGAGAGGGGGGUAAGUCCAGCCGUCCAGCAGAUGACCACAGAGAGGAGAGGACCACACGUGAACCACCUGAAUCAAUUCAAUCACUUGAACCAUUUGAAUCAAUUGAACCAUCUGAAGCCUCUCGACUUGCCCCCAGCACAGCAGACACAGAUGACAUUGACAGAACAUUUGGGAAACUAUGAGACACCAAACUGCAGGUUGAUGUGUUCUGUGUGUCAGAGGGACUUUAAGAGUCUUCCUGCUCUUAACGGACACAUGCGCUCUCACAGAGGACUCCGAGGACAGCCCGGCAGGUCACAAACAUACAGGACGCAGAAGGAAGGGGUGAUUCCAGGGUCUCCUGUCCCCAUAGUGAUGCCCGUCUCUGUGCCCGUCAGACUCCCUGCCUCCCCAUUUCCAUGCCUGGAAGAGGAGCACCAAGAGGGGGAGGAUGAGGGAAGGAGGGGAUGGAAAGAAAGGAAACAAGAAAAGAGGAUGUAUCCCCAUUGCCACUCUGCUCUUGUCCUGCACCGCCAGUCCACUAGGGGUGCUAUGGUGUUCCAGAGUGUUCUGCGUUCAAUUGUUCAACUGACCAACUACACCCCUCCUCCCAUGCUGAGGCCAGACAGGGAUGGAACUGGGCUAUACUGCUCUCUAACCACAAGUGAUGGUGACAUGCUAAUGUCCGGGGAGCAUCCAAUAAAGAUCAAACCGAGGAUCAACGUGGGGAUUGGAUUUCAGGCUGAUGUCCCACCUCUUCAGGACCAAAGACACUCUCACUCAGACACCCACAAAGCACUGGUGUUGUGGACGCCCUGGGAUGCCCUGGAGAACUCAUCCACCCAGCACAGAGUGGAGUGUCUGUUGAUGAUGUCAUGUUCCAGUGUGUGUCCGGGGGGCGGGACUAACUCUGAGUACGCCCUGCACAGCCUAUCCGAGAGCAGAGGAGACUUCCUGGUAACGCUGGAGAAGAUGCUCCUUCACCACUGGCCAAUGACAGCCAACUCUCUCUCCUCCUACCACUACGCAGGGAGUGAUACAUGGAGUCCAGUGGAGAAGAGGUUGGUGAAGAAAGCCUUCAUGAUGUACCAGAAGGACUUCCACCGCAUUCAGAAAACGGUGGGGACUAAGUCAGUGUCUCAGUGUGUAGAGUAUUACUACACCUGGAAGAGGAGGCUGCGUCUAAAUGUAAGGACCCCGGUCGGGCUGGCCAGCACACUGCCUGAGGUCUAUCCAUCUCAGCCCACCAUGAAUGGUAAGAUGGGGCUCCACACCAUUUCGACACAGAAUGCCUGCCAACCGAUUCACAGUGGCUCCUCCUGUCCCCGGCUCCAGCUCCAGUCCCAGACCGAGCAACUCUGCCCCCAGCGCCAAGCUACACACUCAGCCUACCCCUCCAUACCCCUGUAGGGCAUGUGCCAUGGUGUUCUCUAAAGUGAAGAGUCAUAAUGCUCACUUGAAGACACAUCGCCAUGAAGACACAUCGCCAUGAAGACACAUCACCAUGAAGACACAUCACCAUGGAGACACAUCACCAUGAAGACACAUCACCAUGGAGACACAUCACCAUGAAGACACAUCGCCAUGAAGACACAUCGCCAUGGAGACACAUCACCAUGAAGACACAUCACCAUGAAGACACAUCACCAUGAAGACACAUCACCAUGGAGACACAUCGCUAUGAAUACACAUCGCCAUGAAGACACAUCGCCAUGAAGACCAUCAAGAGGAGCUGCACUGACCCUAAACCCUAGACCAGCAUUGACCCUGAACCCUAAACCCUAAACCCUACACCAGCACUGACCCUAAACCCUAAAUCCUACACCAGCACUGACCCUAAACCCUAAACCAGCACUGACCCUAAACCCUACACCCAACACCAGCACUGACUCUAAACCCUAAACCCUACACCAGCACUGACCCUAAACCCUAAACCCUACACCAGCACGGACCCUAAACCCUAAACCCUACACCAGCACGGACCCUAAACCCUAAACCAGCACUGACCCUAAACCCUAAACCCUACACCCAACAACAGCACUGACCCUAAACCCAAAAACCCUACACCCAACACCAGCACUGACCCUAAACCCUAAACCCUACACCAGCACUGACCCCAAACCCUAAACCCUAAAUCCUACACCAUCACUGACCCCAAACCCUAAACCCUAUACCCGCACUGACCUUAAACCCUAAACCAGCACUGACCCUAAACCCUACACCCUAAACCAGCACUGACCCUAAACCCUAGACCAGCACUGACCCUAAACCCUACACCCAACAACAGCACUGACCCUAAACCCUAAACCCUACACCAGCACUGACCCUAAACCCUAAACCCUACACCAGCACUGACCCCAAACCCUAAACCCUAUACCAGCACUGACCCUAAACCCUAAACCCUACACCCAACAUCAGCACUGACCCUAAACCCUAAACCCUACACCAGCACUGACCCUAAACCCUAAACCCUACACCAGCACUGACCCUAAACCCUACACCCUCCACCAGCACUGACCCUAAACCCUAAACCCUAUACCAGCACUGACCCUAAACCCUACACCAGCACUGACCCUAAACCCUACACCCUCCACCAGCACUGACCCUAAACCCUAAACCCUACACCAGCACUGACCCUAAACCCUACACCCUACACCAGCACUGACCCUAAACCCUAAACCCUACACCAGCACUGACCCUAAACCAUCAGGACAAGCCCUCUACUGCCCUCUACUGUCCAACUCAUUACCUAGAUCCCCAGGGCCGGAUACCUUUUGAGCGACUGGGGCCAAAGUACGGUACAGGGCCUGGUUUCCCCAAAACCAUCUUAAGACUAAGUUCACUGCUAGAACCUUCGUAGGAGCAUUGUUACAUCUCCGUAACCCAUCGUUAAUAACGUAGCACUUAAAACGAAAACGCUGGUAAUCUAAACGGAUCACACGUAGAACGUCGUCAUUAUGUUUUGUUGCCCUCCCCUUAGCCACUUCAUAUGCGUACUCGCUCCGGAAAUAGGAAAAAUAUUAUUUUUGUAUUUUCUCCAGUUAAGUUCAAUUAUAUUCCUAUUACUAAAAUAUCAUACGAUAUAAAAUAAAGAUAUACCUUGUCUGCUAAAUGAACAAGCCCUUACGGCCUAUAGAAUGGCUCAUAGCCAGGCCAACUCAUACCGUUUU